GAGAGAGAGAGAGAGAGAGCGAGAGAGAGCCUACAAGUAGAAAAGUUUGACGGUGCAGAAUCAUACCCAUUCCGGUAUUUAGCCAAACCCCUUUCUAAACCGGAAGUCAAUUGUGUACACAACACGACAGCACAAUCAUGAGAACAAAGAGUCUAGAACUAACAUGCUACCUAGUGCUAUGUCUGCUUGAUACUACGCUACAAUGCAGGUUCAAUCAAAUGAAAAAAACUGUCGUUUGUGAUGGGGAGGAAGGCAAUGUCUACCUAAGCGCAAAAAGAACCAAACUCAUUAGAUCAAUAACGCUUGUAAAUUGGAACACUGGACUCUCACUGUCGGUUAACAACGUUUAUGGAUCACUGAAAAAAAUUAUUCUACACAGCGAUAAUAGGUCACUGAUUGAUUGCGACAAGAUGCCGAAUGGUGUGAGAGUAGAGGACAACGAUGGCAUUGUGAUCUGUACAGAAAACCCCACAGAGGAGACCCCCAAGGCACACACACAGAUAAGCACACAGACCACUGCACAAAGAAACAAACAGACAAACACACAGAGCACCACACAAACAAACACACGAGCUACCACACAAACAAACAAACUGAUAAAGACACAAGCUACCACACAAACAAACAAACAGACUAACCCGCUGAGCACCACACAAACAAACACACAGGCUACCACACAAACAAACAAACUGAUAAAGACACAAGCUACCACACAAACACCCUCACAAGCUACCGCACAGACAAACACACCCUCAGAAACUACCGCACAGACGGACAAAUACACAGGCCACUACACAGACAGAUGGAUGACAGUACCUAUGGACAAACAGACAACAGCCCAUGAGUCGGAGACAACAGACGAACAGCACAAGCAAGAUCCCUCAAAAACAUGGUUUAUAAUUGGCAUUAUUGGAGGUAAAAGUCAUUUUAUAUUUUGAACUAUAUAUAUAUAUGAGUUUAAAUGUUAUAAUGAUUUCCAAUGGUAAAGUUUAA